GUGAAAGUGAAAUUGGUGAAAUCGCAAAUCUUUGUCACGUGUUAAGUGAUAUUACAUUGCCCCUACACUACCACUACACAUGUAGUUGUCGUGAGCAGAGAUAGUUACAGAGGCCUGUGACGCCUGUUGAUGGACGAAGCAUGGCAUUCACUUGCAGACGCCUUUUCAGUGGUCACUCGCUCAAGCCCGGUUCGUUUGCAUACCUGACACUUUCCAAAGCGUGCAGCCAUGCAUCUAACCCGGCUGUUUCGACCUCUCGAGGUUACGACACCGGCAUAUCGCUUUACGAUCCCAUCACUCGCGAAAAGAAGCCGUUCCUGCUGGAUACCCCGCGCGUGGUCAAGUGGUAUUCGUGCGGUCCCACGGUGUACGACUCUACGCACGUGGGUCACGCCUGCUCCUACGUCCGCGCCGACAUCGUGAGACGAAUCCUGAGUCGAUUCUUCGACCUCGACGUCGUCCUGUUGAUGGGCAUCACGGACGUCGACGACAAGAUCAUCAAUCGCGCCCGCGACCUGGGCGUCACUUACGAAACGCACGCGCGAAAGUACGAACGAGAGUUCCGCGAAGACCUGGCAAACCUUGGCGUCCUGCCCCCGACACUGUUCAUGCGCGUUAGCGAACACAUCGACGCCAUCGUGGCGUUCUGUUCCGCGCUCAAGGACAAAGGGUUCGCCUACGCGACGUCGGACGGCUCGCUUUACUUCGAGCUUGCCAAAUGCCCCCAGUACGCCGUGUUCCGCACGCCCGGAAGCGUCGGUGACGAAGACGCGAAGGCGGUCGGCAAGAGAGACGUCCGAGACUUCGCCCUCUGGAAAGGCGCGAAGCCCGGAGAGCCGCGCUGGGAGGCUCCCUGGGGCUGCGGUCGUCCCGGCUGGCACGUCGAAUGCUCCGCCAUGGCAAGCACCGUGUUCGGAUCUUCUCUAGACGUCCACUCCGGCGGCAGGGACCUCGCAUUCCCGCACCACGAGAACGAACUAGCCCAGAGCCGCUGCUACCACGGCGUCUCCGAGUGGGUCAACCACUGGCUUCACACUGGACAGGUGCACGUCUGUGGCCCCGACGGCAAGCCCACCAAGAUGGCCAAGUCCCUGGGCAACGCCAUGCCCCUCCGAGAGUUCCUCAAGAACCACUCGGCCAAUGUCUUUCGCAUGUUCUGCCUGCAGAAGGCUUACAGGGCCGACAUACUCCUCAAUCCAGAUGUGCUUCGAGGUGCCGAGAGCUCCGUACAAGCGUUGAACGAUUUUUGUGGCAACGCCAGUGCCUAUGUCCGUGGACAGGUCCCCACGGCUAGUAUAGUGGCAAACGAUCUGUACAGUCUUCUGGAACAAACGAGGUUCAAUCUUCGGAACGCUUUCGCUGACGAUCUGGACUACCCGAAGGCGGUGUCGUCAGUGUUACACCUUAGUUCGCACAUCAAUACGAGGCUUCAGUCGCAGUCAAAAGACGUCAGCAACUUCAGUCAUAACGACGUGGGAAGGGCAGCUGUGGCAGCCUGCCUCGAAUUCGUCAGCGACUUCUUUCACAAUCUCGGAUUGGAACUAGCUACGACUCCAACUCACGUGGUCGAAAGUUCCUCUUCGACGUUGGUUCGAGUGUUGGACGACGCGGUGUCAUUCAGGACAGCUGUGCGAAACCAUGCUUUGGAAAUUAAGGACAAGGUGCUUCUACAAGCGUGCGAUGCGCUAAGGGGUCAGCUGGAAAGUGAAGGGGUCAAAAUUAAGGACAGGAAGACAAACUCCACGUGGGAGUUUGUUGACGAGGCGACAAUAAAGACUGGAGGCAAGUGACGUGGGCUGAACACGUUUAUUGUAAAACGGGUCUACCUGUUGAUGUGUCUGAGAUACACCUGCUUGUCACUUGCAAUGGGCAGCACUGCGAGGAAAAACAUGAAAACAUAUUAUAAUCACUAUUGCCUGACAUGUUAUCAGGUAUAUUAUGCAAUGCAAGUUAAAAACAAUGCACUUUUAAUGUUAUCAAAAUGUUUUCACACAAGCAAGCGGCAAAGCCCACUUAUGUGACCUCGUCUACCUCUCCACAUCACUGGGCAAC